CAGAGCUGAGCAGCUGGGGUAGGUGUCGGUAGGCUAAUCCAGCUGCUUUGAAAACUUGUGCAACCUUUAGAUGUAGAACAAACGGGCACUCACACAGACGAGGCUUCUGUGCUGCUGUCAUGUUUAAAUAUUUGGGGUCCCAGAGGUGCGCACAAGGCUGAACCCACGGUCCUCUCCGCUGCACAAGAAGCACUGAUCUUCAUGGUGAAUGAGCAGAAUGUUGCUUCCUCUGCGAGCCUCAGAAAAUGAACGCCACUCUGUGUGACUCUACAGUGACCAUGUAUCACCUGACAACAGACCACCAACUUAACGCCAGCUGCAACUGCUCCCCGCCCUCCUCCAACUGGACAGUGGUGGAUGAAGCCCCGCAGCUGCCCACGUUCACCACAGCAGCCAAAGUCAGAGUGAUUAUUACCUGCAUCCUCUGCGGCAUAUCGGCCUUUUGCAACCUGGCUGUGCUAUGGGCGGCGCACAGCGAUGGGAAACGCAAAUCCCACGUCAGGGUGCUGAUAAUUAACCUGACGGUGGCCGAUCUGCUGGUGACCUUCAUCGUGAUGCCUGUGGACGCCGUGUGGAACAUCACGGUCCAGUGGCUCGCGGGGGACUUCGCCUGCAGGCUGCUGAUGUUUCUGAAGCUGCAGGCGAUGUACUCCUGCGCCUUUGUCACCAUGGUGAUCAGCCUGGAUAGGCAGUCAGCCAUCCUCAACCCUCUGGCUAUCAGUAAAGCCAGAAAGAGGAACAGGGUUAUGCUGACCGUGGCGUGGGGCAUGAGUGUCCUGCUGUCUGUCCCUCAGCUGUUCCUGUUCCACAAUGUGACCAUCAUCCAUCCUGAGGACUUCACUCAGUGCACCACACGUGGAAGUUUUGUCACUCACUGGCAUGAAACAGCCUACAACAUGUUCACGUUCUCCUGCCUGUUCCUGCUGCCUCUGGUCAUCAUGAUCACCUGCUACACCAGGAUCUUCUGUGAGAUUUCCAAACGACUGAAAAAGGACAACUUGCGCUCCAAUGAAGUGCAUUUGCGGUGUUCGAAGAACAACAUCCCCAGAGCCCGGAUGAGAACGCUGAAAAUGAGUAUUGUGAUCGUCUCGUCUUUCAUUAUCUGCUGGACUCCAUAUUACCUCCUGGGCCUGUGGUACUGGUUCUUCCCCAGUGACCUGGAGGGGAAGGUCUCCCACUCACUGACCCACAUCCUGUUCAUCUUUGGGCUCCUCAACGCCUGCCUGGACCCAGUCAUCUACGGCCUGUUCACCAUUCACUUCCGAAAGGGGCUGCGGAGGUUUUACUGCAAUGCCACCGUGGCGUCCGAUCUGGACAACACGGUUUUAACUGGAUCUUUCACUUGUGCUGCCAACUCUUUGCCAAUGAAAAGAGAGCUGAGCCGUACCAGCCAGGAGAGGUUCAUCCUGUGUAGUGAUGACCACAGCAAAGCAGAGUCCAUGUCACCAAGGAGCAGCUUUUUAACAGCAGACAACGAUACAGAGAGAGAUCCAAACCAGUCCAGCCCUGAGAGCAUCAUGUGAGGAGAGUACGUGGUGGAGACUCUCUGACCGUUUCUACUAAUUUAAUUUAUUCAGUGUCUAUCUUGUGUGGGGUCCAGAAUUCCUUGACAUUUCUAUGUCAAUUUGACUAACAUGCCUCCGUAUAAAACGCAAAGGCCAAAAAUCCUAACUGCUGUUGGUUGGAAAACACAGAACUUUGUAUUUUCUUGAAGAGGGGAAGUUUUGUAAAAUAAAUACCUAGAACA